AUUCGAUCGUGCAGUAAGCACCGCUGCGAGUUGGAGUCGAUCGUGGCUACUGCGCUAGGCAAUGUGGCUGUGAUCUUACUUCUAAGUCACACUCCCAGUAAGUGUUCCACUGUCACUGUCUGUGUUGUGAUCGACGUGCUACAGUAUACAGAGCUAUACAGACGCUACGGCCAGGGCUGUUUGGCACGGGUAUGCCUGGCUAGCUAGCUAGCUAGCUGAGUCGAUGAAUUGUAGUAUUUCUUGCAGCGUGGCGGAUAUACUUCCACUAAUCUACAUGUAUAUCAAACUAUAGGUUUUUUCCAUAUUAGGAGGCUCCACUACAGCCAAUUCAGCAUCUCUUAAAAUCAACCUACGGUGGAAAAUCCGUUGCCAGGAGCGUACUCCGUAGUCUCCUCGUGGACUCAAAUCCGGUGAACUGCUGACGUUCACGUGUGCCAACUGUGGCCUGUCGCAAGCAGCAGCAGCGGCAGCACCGGGGGAAAUGGAUCGUGCACACGAGGGCAUUCUGCGACGACUGCGUAUGGACCUGCGGAAGAGCCUGGCAGUGGAUGACCACCUGCUCGACCACCUGUACUGCAAGCGCAUCAUCACCGAGGCCGAGAAGCUAGAUAUCAAGGCCAAGGAGAGCGAUGGCGGUGGUGGUGGCAGGCCGGUAUGCGGUAGGGAGCAGGCGGAAAUUAUCCUGCAGCUGUUGCCGUCGCGCGGUCGCAGUGCCUUUGCCGUCUUCCAUGACGCGCUCCAGCACUCCGCGCUCCGCUCCAAUCACGAGCUGGCGGCCCGACUGCGCUCGGCCGAGCAGAAGGAGCUGGGCGGCAAGGACGUGACGUGCUUUGCUGCGCCCGUCGAGGAGACAGCCGGCAGCCGCACCCGGACAGGAGUAGCGGAGACUGGAGACAGCAGCAGCUUUGACAGAAGUAACAGCUCUGGCUGGGCCAGUCGACCGUCCAGCAUGGAUGAAACUGACGGCAGUUGUUCCGGCAUGAGGCACAAUCCGUGGCACGACGAUCGCUUUCGCAAGCUAAUGGUCUGGCUGGUCAAAAGCAUGGAGCCGGCCGAGGCACGCCUGGUCUGCUUCGGCGAGGGGCUUCUCUCCGACACGGACAUGCUCGAGUUGCAGGGCAAGGAGAUCCAGGGCAGCAUCAGGCAUAACAUGCUCUUGAUGGAACGUUUGCGCAUUGGCGGACCAGCGAGCUAUGACAAGUUUCUCGCCGCCGUCAAGGAGAUGGGGCCCCAGCUUGCGGCGAAGUAUGACUCACUGGCCGAACUUAAGCACCCCGCCGUGACCUUCCGCUAGGUCAGUUCUCAAUCAUGAGGCCGUGGCUUGGACGAUUCCAAGAGAUUGACUAAAGACGCAUAUUUUUAUCAGCAGAGUUAUUUUUUAUGGCGGCUCCUAAGCAGCUGCUUCCAGUGCAAGCUUAAUAGCUUGUGGAUGCAUGCAAGGAUGUGAGCGUGAACUUGGGUGUGAGCGUGGGUGUAGGUGAGAAUUUUUUGGAUUCAAAUUGUCCAGGUCGAUAUUAGUAGAACCCUUGAUGAGUUGAUCCUAUACACGCUGUGUAUAACCACGGCAGUCUCCCAAA